GUAUGACAUCCCUGCCCUGGUCCUCAUUCGAUGUCCAUUCAGAAGCCUGAGACAGCUUUACUGUGAAUUCCAAGCUCGGACACAACCGCACAAAUCCACUACUUCCAGAAGAUGGCGCCAUUUAAGCCCAACCUGUGUCCGACUGCCGAUUACGAACGACUGGAAAAAGGUUCCAGUCGGAUUCCGCGCACGCCUGCUUCACUUCCCAGGAAUUCCUGUGCAGGGCUGCUAUGCUUCAUGAGCACAGAAAUCAGGCACGUGACAAGAGUGGAUGAGCAGUCCAAGCGAGGAUCUGUGCAAAUUGACAACAUAUGUACAAAAGGCCAGCAGGUAGCGGUAGAAUCCCAGCCAAGGGUGUUCCCCGAAGUGACGUCAUAUGACGUCGCCGCACAGUAAACACCGUUUGUGGCCGAAGUGAACAAUCGGCGAGCUAGCUUAAACAUCGUCAAGCGGGAAGCACCCUGAAGAUCCCUACUUCCUUGAAUUUGAUAUUCUCCUCCCCUGUGAUGCCUCCCUCAUGCUGUGGCUACCUGUCACAGUACACCCAUCAUCACCUGGUUGCGUUCCUCCUCACCUUCUUUAGCUAUGUUUUCCUGCACGCGUCCAGGAAGACGUUCAGCAACGUGAAAGUGAGCAUUUCCGCCCAGUGGACGCCUUCUCCUCAAAAUGGCAGCGCUCCCGCGUUCUCACCUGGCGAGACAUGGGAGAAAAACCGUCUGUUUGAGAAUGAAGAACAGGCGACGCUCUUUCUGGGGGCGCUGGACUCCAUUUUUCUAUUUUCUUAUGCUGUGGGUUUGUAUCUGAGUGGCGUGAUUGGCGACAGAGUCAACCUGCGCUAUGUGCUGUGCUUUGGCUUGUGUGGUUCCGCUGCUGUGGGCUUUAUUUUCGGGACGUUGACCGAGUGGCUCCACAUCUACAACGUCUACCUAUACUGCGGCCUUUGGGUGCUGAACGGCCUGCUGCAGUCCACCGUCUGGCCCUGCGUGGUCGCCGUCAUGGCCAACUGGUUCGGAGAGACUGGGAGUGGCUUCGUGUUCGGUUUAUGGAGUGCGUGCGCGUCAGUGGGGAACAUCCUGGGCGCUUUUUUAGCGUCCAGCGUACUGAAGUAUGGCUACGAGUACGCCUUCCUGGUGACGUCCAUGGUGCAGUUUGCCGGCGGAGUCGUGCUCUUCUUCGGGCUGCUUACUUCUCCAAAUGAAGUCGGUCUGAGUUCGGAUUGUCAGACGAGGCACGAUGUCGACACUCACAGGCCUCUAAUAAACGACGAAGAGGAAGAACAUGGGGAACGACGGCGAGAGCCUUCUAAAGCUGUCGGGUUCUUCCAAGCUUUCUGCCUGCCCGGAGUUCUGCCGUACUCUCUGGCGUAUGCGUGUCUGAAGCUGGUGAACUACUCGUUUUUUUUCUGGCUUCCUUUCUACUUGAGCAACAACUACGGGUGGAAGGAGGCCGAGGCGGAUCGGCUGUCCAUGUGGUAUGAUGUCGGAGGGAUCGUCGGCGGAACUGUACAGGGUCUCGUAACCGACUUCUUGGGAAAGCGAUCCCCGGUGAUAGCGUUAAGUCUCACACUCGCCAUGGCUUCUCUGGUGGGAUACAGCCAUUCGCCCAACGACAAGACCUCCAAUGCCGUCCUGCUGGCUAUCACCGGCUUCCUGAUCGGCGGUCCGUCGAACAUGAUCAGCUCCGCCAUAUCUGCCGAUUUGGGGCGACAAGAAGCGAUUAGGGGCAGUCGGGAAGCUCUGGCGACAGUCACCGGCAUCGUUGACGGCACUGGAAGUAUCGGAGCUGCUGGAGGACAAUACCUGGUGUCCCUCAUCGAGAGCAAGUUGGGUUGGGUAGCUGUGUUCUACUUCUUCGUGGUCAUGACAGGGACCAGCAUUAUGUUUAUCUCGCCACUUAUCUUGAGGGAAGUCCGCACCAUGUGGAGGGAGCGACAGACACGACAUCACCAGCUCUGAGACGCCUUCUUUUAGCAUCUGGAGGUGAGUUCCUGUCCUUCCUCCACCACCUUGGACAGCAUCCUCUAUAAAAGACUGACAUGGCCACGGAAGUAGACCCGUUGUACAUAAUUUUUGAAAUUCUUGUAAAUACUUGAAAAUAUUGCACUGUUGUCUUACAUGCAGUUCGGGCUUGCACAUGCAGGAUUAGAUUAUGUCAAUAACGCACUGUAGUGAAUGUUUCAAUGGCAGUGAAUGAGUUGAAAAUGUUCCACAAAAGGGUUCCGCUUCUGAAGAAUGUCAUGACUGCAACACUAACUUGUACUUUCAGUCUUAAAACAUUGAUGAUGUAUUAGCGAGAACGAGCACUUAUGAGCACUAAGUGCGCUUUUUCAUGUUCAUUUUAGCUUUAUUUAUAUACAAAUUUCAGCUCGUCCUGUUGAGAAAAGAGCUUUUUUGUUUGUUUUCAAUAAAUGAAGGUUGGAAGAUGGGCGUGUGAGUUUCUGAAGCACCAAGUAAUUAGGACAAUGGGCAGUCGGUAGCUUAGCCUCAAAUGGUACCAAAAAUAAAUGGAUGAUCAAUGUACAACGAGAGAACAAUUGGCUAACUUGCAUAGCAAAAGUCUGCUAGCUUAAAUGGUAUAAAAUACUAAAAAAAGCACAUAUUCCCACAAAAAAAAAAACGACUAAAUAUACCUAUAAACUAAAAUACAAAUGCAUAAAAAAAAUAUUAGCUCAAACAAAAACUUAGCUUAACAGGGAGCAGCUGGAUUCACCCAUAUUAAAUGAGUGAUGUCAUAUUCACGUUUGCCACUGGAGGGCAGUGUUUCUACCCAAAUCAAUAAACUCGAUGCAAACACUUUCAAAACGAACCUUUACAAUGCCGCAAAUGCUCCUAAAUUUCAAUUUCAAUUUAUUCAACAAAAAAAAAAAAAAGAAAUACUUCCCUAGAAGACAAUUCAUAACCUAUGUAUGUUGGAAUUGUUAUAUUUACUGAUCAGAAUACUUUUUAGCCUAUUUUUAAAGAUGGAGAUGGAUUUCAACACUUUUAGAUUUUCGUCGAGCUCAUUCCAAAUCUGGGGGCCUCUAGUUGUAAUGCUCAGGCUGGUGCUAACAAGUCUUCUCUUUUUUCCACUGAUGAGGUCUUUGUUUCUGGUGUUAUGAGUAUGGAGAGGAGUCCAGACUGGAAUGAGCUCAGACAGUCUGCUAUUCAUAUUAUUUACAAUUUGGAACAUUGUACAUGCGUUAUGAAAUGUGUUCAAAUCAGUGAGUCGGAGAAGGCGUAAACUAUAAAAUAAGGAGUGGGUGGGAGCAUUGAAACUAGCCCAGGACAUGGCCCGUACUAUCUUCUUUUGUAGAGUUUCUAAUUUCUUUAGGUGACUGGAGAACGUGUUGCACCAUAUGAUGUAACAGUAGUUGAUAUGGGACUCAAACAAGAUUUUGUACAAGGUAAGAAGUGUGGUUAAAGGGAGAUGGUGUCUUAUUUUGAAGAAUAGUCCAACGUAUUUAGAUAGUGUAGAUAUAAGGUGUUCUAUAUGGCAUUUGAAGUUGAGAGACUUAUCAAUGAAGACUCCCAGGAACUUGGUGGAAUCAACUUGUAAUAAAUUGUCAUCGUUUACUUUCAGACAAAUCCUGUUUGUGUCAACUGCUUUCUUGUUUGAUCUAAAUACAAUGUAAUUGGUUUUGUUGAUGUUGAGGGAAAGUUUGUUGCACCUGAGCCAGCUAUCUUUAUUAACUCUGCGUUUAAAAUAUGCUGUAGGUCUAACGGGUUUUUAUGUGAAAGAAACAAGUUGGUAUCAUCAGCAAACAAAAUCGUGUAGUAUGUCAGAAGAAUUAACAAGGUCAUUAAUGUAAAUAAGAAAAAGUAGUGGGCCUAAAAUUGAUCCCUGGGGGACUCCAUAUUUUAUUUCCUUUUUUUGUGAAACGUGAUUGUUAACACUUACAUAUUGUUGUCGACUGAGUAACUUUUGAACCAGUUGUAUGCUAUUCCUCUAACACCAUAGUGAUGUAUUUUAUCCAGUAAAAUAUUAUGGUCAAUGGUGUCAAAAGCCUUAGAUAAAUCCCAAAAAAUGCCAACUCCAAAGUUGCCUUGCUCAAAGGCAUCAUUAAUUUUUUCAACAAGAUCUAGAAUGGCCAUGCACGUUGAAUUCUUCUUUCUGAAGCCAUAUUGUGAACUGUUUAGAAUGUGAAACUUGUCUAGGUAUUCGCUUAGUCUAUUGUAUACGACUCUUUCGAGUACCUUGGAGAGAGUUGGUAGAACGGCAAUUGGGCGAUAGUUGUUGAUGUUAUUUUUAUCUCCAGAUUUGUACACUGGAGUGAUUCUGGCAAUUUUGGUCUGUUUUGGCACUACACCAUGAAGUAGGGACAAAUUAAUGCAAUGCGCAAGUGGUUUUGCAAUUAUAUGGGCAAUGGGAAUCAUGAUCUUACUGCUUAUUUCAUCUACUGCUGCUGUAUGAGAACUUCUCAGGUUUUUAAUAAUUGUACGGAGUUCAGUGACAUCUGUAGGUCUUUAAAAAAAUGAGUUUAAAUAAUUGCCAGAAAGAUAGUGUUUGUAAAAUAAACCUACAGGGGGUCUGAUUUUGUUUGCAAGUUCCUCACCUAUGGAAAUGAAGUGGUCAUUUAAGUUGUUAGCCAAUAGAGAAAUGUUGCCAUCCAAAGAAUCGGGUAGGACUGGUGACUUCUGGCUUUUGUUUAUGACUUUAUUUAAAAUUGCCCAAGUUUUUUUAGAGUCACCUUGGGCUGCACUAAUAUGUUCUGUAUAAUAGCUACAUUUGCUUUUCCUUAAAAUAUGUGUGAGUUUAUUUCUGUAUCGAUGAUAUUUGUUUUUGUUUUCAUCAGUAGGAUUUUUUAAAUAAGCCUUGUAAAGUUUAUUUUUCUGUUUUAUAGAGUUCAGUAUCCCUUUGGUAAGCCAAGGGUUACAAUUAUUAUUGCUGUGUGUGACAGUCUUCUCAGGAAUGGAGUUGUGUAUAGAGUCAGUUAGUUCAUGGAUCAAGCAGUUAUACGCAGUGUCAGGAUCGCAAGCAUUGUAAACAGUUGCCCAUGAUUUAGCCUCCUCUGCAGUUGAAGACCAUCAAUGUAUGACCUAUCACUUAGCCAGGUUUCACUGCAAGCAAUCAAAUCAGAGCUGCACCCUGUAAUGGACAAUAGAGAGAUUAAUUGAUCAUGGUGUUUGGUGAGGCUUCUGAUAUUAAAAUGAAUUGCAGAAAAGUUGUUGCUAUCAUUAAGGUAUUUCAAUUGUUCAGGGUUGUACUGUUUGCAAGUAAUAUUAACAUUAUCAUCAUAGCAGUGUUGAGUAUCUCCAUCGUUGUUAUCAAAGUUAUCCAUACCCAUUUAAGUACAGUUCUUCAUUUAGCACUACAGGGAAAGUAUUCAAACAUAAAAUAGAUAAACAUAAGCAUGCCCACGAGCACAUGGAUAGCCAUGCAUGGGCGUCUAUUUUCAUACAGUUGCAUUCACACUCAUUCAUACUAAAGACCCAUCCGCUCAUGUGAAAUAUAGAUUGACACAUAUGUAUCAUUAUAAUCUCAAACGAUCACUCGUCAUCCACAAUAUUGUAAAAGGGGGGAAAAAAACGUCGCUAUGCAUAAGAAUUUAUAUUCAUUUUCAUUUUGAAACAACCCAGAAUCAUUUCAUGAGAGAAAAAAAAAAAAAAAACUAGGAAAUAACCCAAAAUAUACAGGAAGCCACAAGUCAAUAGCCCAAAAUCAACAGAAAGUGACCCGAAAUCAGUAGGGAGUCACCUGUAAAUGCCUUAAAAUCGACAUGAAGUGACCGAUGAACAGAAAGUGGCUCGUAAAUGCCCCCAAGAUCAACAGGAAAUGACCCAAAAUGUACGUGAAGGGAGCCAAAAUCAAUAGGAAAUGACACGUAAGUACCCCAAAAUCUACAGGAAGCGAUUUAUGAGCACAAAGUGACAGGAAAUGGAAGUGACAGAAAAUCAAGAGGAAUUGUUGAUUUUGAGUCGCUUCCUGUUCAGGAAUCCAAAAUCAACUGGAAGUGACCUGGAAAUGCCCCGAAAAAGAAAAGGAUGUGACCAGAAAAUCAAGUGGAAAUGUUCAUUUUAGAGUCACUUCCUAUUCAUUUGCGGACAUUCUUGAGUCACUUCUUGUUCAGUUACCCAAAGUCAACAGGAAGUGACCAGUAAAUGCUCCCGAAUCAACAGGAAGUGACCCGUAAAUGUCAUUUGAGUUGAAGUGACCAAAAAUCAACAUUUUCUGUUGAUUUCGGAGUCGCUUCCUAUUGAUUUGCGGAAAUUCUUGAGUCACUUCCUUUUCAGUUACCCCAAAUAAAGAGGGAGCAACCCAUAAAUGCCCCAAAACCAACAGGAAGUGACCCACAAAUGUCCCAAAAGAUGAAGUGACCAAAAAUAAACAUUUUCUUUUGAUUUUUGAGUCACUUCCUAUUCAUUUGCGGAGAUUCUUGAGUCACUUCCUGUUCAGUAAUCCGAAAUCAACAGGAAGUGAAAUGUAAAUGCCCCAAAAUCAACAGGAAGUGACCAGUUAAUGUCCCAAAAGUUUAGGAAGUCACCAAAAAUCAACCGGAAGUGUUGGUUUUGAGUCACUUCCCAUUCAUUUGCGGACAUUCUUGAGUCACUUCCUGUUCAGUUGCCCCAAAAUCAACAGGAAGUGACCUGUAAAUGGCCCAAAAUCAACAGGCAGUGAGCCGUGAAUGGCCCAAAAUCAACUGGAAGAGACCAAAAAUUAAAAGGAAAUGUUGAUUUUGAGUCACGUGCGUAUUCAUUUGGGAACAUUUUUGAGUCACUUCCUGUUCAAUUGGCCCAAAUCAACAGGAAAUGGCCAGUAAAUGCCCCAAAAUCAAACAGGAAGUAGCCUGUAAAUGCCCCAAAAUCAACAGAAAGUGACCCAUAAAUGUCCCUAAAGAUGAAAAGACCAAAAAUCAUCAUUUUCUGUUGAUUUUCCAGUCGCCUUCUACUCAUUUGAAGACAUUCUUCAGUCACUUCCUGUUCAGUUACCCAUAAUCAACAGGAAGUGACACGUAAAUGCCCCAAAAGUUGAGGAAAUUACCAAAAAGCAACAGGAAAUGUUGACUUUGAGUCACUUCCCAUUCAUUUGCGGACAUUCUUGAGUCACUUCCUUUCCAGUUGCCCAAAAUCAACAGGAAGUGACCUGUAAUUGCCCCAAAAUCAACAGGAAGUGACCUGUAAAUGUCCCAAAAGAUAUAGUGACCAAAAAUCAACAUUUUCUGUUGAUUUUUGAGUCACGUCCUAUUUCUUUGCGCACAUUCUUGAGUCACUUCCUGUUCAGUUACCCAAAAUAAACAGGAGAUGACCUGUAAAAUCCCCAGAAUCAACAGGAAGUGACCAAAAAUCAACAGAAAAUGUUGAUUUUGAGUCACAUUGUAUUUAUUUUGGGACAAUCCUGAGUCACUUCCUGUUCAGUUCCCCAAAAUCAACAGGAAGUGACCCGUAAAUGUUAUUAAAGUUGAGGAAGUGACCAAAACUCAACAGGAAAUGUGGCUUUUCAGUCACAUUCUUAUUCAUUUGGGAACUUUCCUGAGUCACUUCCUGUUCUGUUACCCAGUAUCAACAGGAAGUGACUCGUAAAUGUCCCAAAAUCAACAGGAAGUGACCCGUAAAUGUCCCAAAUGUUGAGGAAGUGACCAAAAAUCAACUGGAAGUGUUGGUCUUGAGUCACUUCUCAUUCAUUUGCGGACAUUCUUGAGUCACUUCCUGUUCAGUUGCCCAAAAUCAACAGGAAGUGACCUGUAAAUGCCCCAAAAUCAACCGGAAGUGACCUGUGGAUGCCCCAAAAUCAACAGGAAGUGACCAAAAUUCAACAGGAAAUGUUGCUUCUUAGUCACGUUCUUAUUCAUUUGGGGACAUUCUUGAGUCACUUCCUGUUCAGUUACCCAAAAUCAACAGGAUGUGACCUGUAAAUGUCUCAAAAGUUAAAGUGGCCAAAAAUCAACAUUUUCUUUUGAUUUUUGAGUCACUUCCUAUUUAUUUGAGGACAUUCUUGAGUCACUUCCUGUUCAGUUACCCCAAGUCAAAAGGAAGUUACCUGUAACUGCCCUAACGUCAACAGGAAGUGACCCAUAAAUGUCCCAAAAGUUGAGGUGACCAAAAAUAAAAUUUAAAAAAAUUUGAUUUUUGAGUCACUUCCUAUUCAUUUGUGAACAUUCUUGAGUCACGUCCUGUUCAGUUACCCCAAAUCAACAGCAAAUGAUAUGUAAAUGCCCCAAAAUCAACAGGAAAUGACCUGUAAAUUCCCCAAAAUCAACCGAAAGUGACCCAUAAAAGUCCCAAAAGUCGAGGAAGUGACCAAAUAUUAACAGGAUGUUGGUUUUGAGUCAGUUCAUGUUCAGUUACCCAAAAUAAGAGGAAGUGACCUGUAAAUGCCCAAAAAUCAACAGGAAGUUACCCGCAAAUGUCCCAAAAUCAACAGGAG